AAAUGUUGCAAUGAAGAAUAUGGAAUGAGAUGAGAUCACAGCAUCAGUCUGUCCUUUGUAGAUCUGGACAAUGAUCACAGAGCCAGAUUGGAUUAGUGAAACCUAUUUACCAGAAGUUCAGAGCGGUUGCAUGAAGCUGAAAGGCAGUCAGUAGGGAGAGGUGGAAAAUGCACCAGAUUUACAGCUGCAGCGAUGAAAAUUUAGAAGUUUUCACUGUGAUUUCUUCCAAAUCAUGUAGUCCUGCCCGAAGACGAGCCAAAGCUUCACAGCACAUCCUUGCAAAGAGUGUGGUGGCCAUCCCGGAGCGCCGGUCCCAGCAGGGUGACCUGCUGCGUGCGCUGUACGAGGAGGAGGCGCGGGGCAGUGCGGGGCAGCGUGGGCAGCGCGGAGCCGGCCCCAGCAAGGGCCCUGCCCAGCACCCUGGAAUUCCUGAACAAGAGUCAUCCAAGUCCUAUAACCAUCUGUUGGAUGGAAAAUCUUUGAUUCCUCCCUCUCCAGUCGCCCAUAUCACGGUGAAAGCUGUGGCUGUCACGGGCUCGCCCACACACGACCGCGCUUCUACGGAAGACCACAGGCAGCGCUGGAGGAAGACAACAGAGUAUGACCUGUCCCUGCCACCAGGAGCAGAAGCUUCCCUACCACUGACAGGAGGCAACCUGUGUGGGACACCCAGCCUCCUGAGGAAGAUGUGGAUGAAGCACAAGAAGAAGUCAGAGUACCUUGGGGCAACAAACAGUGCCUUUGAGGCGGACUGAUAAGGCUCAGCAUCCCUUGGAAAGGCAGAAGGUCCUUUAGCAGGACAAGGUGCUUUAGGAUCAAUGAGGGAACAGACACAGCACAGCUCAUCCAGGAAAAUGAUAUCCUUUUGUAUUACUUGAUGCCAUUGCCUCAGAACAGUGGGAGAAAGGCUAACAAAUGUAAAAAUGAUGAAUAUGAUGCAACUCAGUGGCCUCUCCUUGUUGCAUUACACUAAAAUCCCAGCUCUCCCACUAGAUUUACCUCUUGACUCAAUGCUGAGACUGCUGCUGACCCGUUCACCAUUUCCUAUGUCCUCUCUGAACGAGCUCGGACUUGCAACAAGAGAAGCCUACGAAGAGGUUUGUGCAUUCCUGCAAGGCAACAGACUGAUUACAGAGUGCCAUUAAAUCCCAGGGAUCUGCUUGUGCACCACUGCCGGCCGUCCUUCCCCUCUCAUAUCAUGAGAUAAAAACCUCGUCUCGCGAUUUGCUUGGCUGAAUGACACAUGCUAAACAUCUCUUUUCCUUCGGUUUUGAUGUUUCAAGGCAGGAGUGAAAGAUGCAAAAAUUCUAAAACAAUGGGCCAGAACUGAGCAAGUUUGCAAACGUAUGUACCAAACUUUGCUAUGUGACAAGGAUUUGUGUUUUAAGUUGUUCUGUCAGAUCAAACUAGGAGCAACAGGAUACCCUCAAGGGAUACUGUUUGCUGUAGAACCUGCUUAUAAGUGAAAUGGUAGUCAGCAAUUUACCCUCCACCCAUGUGGUAAAGGAUAUUACAUAAAGUGCACAAAAUACCAGGAGGAAGGAAAGUAUGUAAAUGAUGAAACUAAGUGACUAAGUAUAAGAUAUUUGCAUGUAAGAGACCUGUGCUUAUGAAUAGAUGGAUUUAAUGGGAUUUGCUUUAAAAAAUUUUCUCUCUUUUUUUUUCAAUUUAGAAAUUGCUGGUCAGGUCCUCUUCAGUUUUUCUCUCAAAAAGGAACAAACAAGUUUUAUAAAAAAAGUUUUCACCACUGUUAUGGACAAUAUUAUUUUAGCCACGAGCAGUACUUGCCUUCUGUGAGUGCUCUCCAAGUUAUUAUAAAAAACCACUGGUUUCCCUAAAUACAGAACUUUAUAUUUAAAGUCAGAGGAGGCGUAUCUCCUGUUGUUUGUAGUAAUGAUGACCUCUGAUCUAACCGCCCAUGCACCGAGGCGUAAAUUAAAAAUAAAGGUCUGACUCUGUGACAGCAGCAGAGAGAAGGAGCCCCCAUCUGCAACUUGCCUGCCUGCAGCCUGUGCAGUGAAAUGCACUGAGAUGCCAUCACAGACAGUGCUAUGGUAGUGAGGGGCAGCUGGCCCUGGUCGGGGUCACCACCUCAGGAGUACCAGGGGACCACCUGGGUGGGAGGGAAAGACGGCCAGAACUUCUGGCUUUGGGUUGAGCAGGGUGGAGCAGCACACAGGAGAGGUUUGCAGCUUGACAGCCUGAGCAACCAAAGUUCAUGGAAUGGGAAAACAAAUGGAGCAGGCCAGUAGCGUUACAGAGCAUAUAGUCCUGAUGGCUGCAAGGAGGGCAAAAGCAAAACCUGUUUAGGGCUGGACAUGGUAGGAUGGGGAUGGAAGUUCUUGCUUCAAAAGGUACUGUGGCUUUUCAUACUGCUAGAGCCAAAUCAGUCCAGAGUGUGCCAAGGAGAGAGAGGCACUCCAUGAAAUACCUCUGCCAGCCCUCCUGUUCAGCUCUCUGUCACUGCUCCAGUCACAGGCUCCUCCAGCAGACGUGCUCAACUGGCCAGAGGAAAACUUUGCACCUUGAAAGCACACAGACUGUCUCUCUUCAUUACCAAAGGUGAAAGUCCUUCUCUGGCCCAGCAGCCCAAGACAGGGAGGAUCUGCUCUCCAGCUUUUACUUCUUGCUCCUGGGAAAGAAGGAGAACACAGUUCCUUGUGAACCACGUGCUGGCAGUGGUGACCCAGUGGUGACCAUGUGUUCUUUGCCCUGGCAUGAGAGAGCAAUGCUGACACCCACUGAAGGCUGCUCACCUGAACAGGUCCCUGUGAGACAGGGGUCUACCCCACCUUCAAAUUAGAGCCUGGCACACUGAUCCUGUGUGAAAGUCUGAGCACCCUGACCCUGCCAACAUCAGGUCCUCUAUGACUGAGCCAAGCUGGAGCCAUGGUCAAGAGUUUCCUGAAACACUUUUUACAAAUAUCACUAACCACACUUCAGCCCCCUCCUCAGCCCACAGAACUCCUGCCAGAAACCCACAUAUGUAUUUUUGCACACAUAGGCAAACCUAGUAAAUUCAGUGGGACUCCUCCCCUGCAUUGCAGUACAUACAUUCAAAGAGCUGGGAGAAGACCAAUCACUGCUUCCCUUUUUUUGGUCUCAUUUCCUAAACAAAGGAAAAAUUAGGGUGAUGGACAGACACUGGGAAAAGUCCAUUUACUGAAUUAGCUGUAAUUAAGAGAGUGAACAUUUGUGGUACCUGCCCUUGUAGUUAACAUGGCCCAAAGAGUACUCAAACACAGUCCAGGGCAGCAAGAGCUUUGCCUGUGGAGGAAGUUGCAUUGUAGAAGUGGUAUUUAAUUUAUUAAUUAAUAGCUCUGAGCAGAAUGAGGAUGGAGGCUGAGAAUAUUAAUAUUUCUUCUUAAUAACUGCUGUAUUUUUAUGUGUGUUUAUGCUUUUCUUAUUUAUUUAUUUAUAAUUUGGAUCUACAAGAGAAAGAGUUAUUUACAAGAGGCAUAUUUAAUUUCCUUGUAUUCCAGGAACUGCUGUGGAGAUUUUUUGUAUUGUAGUAUUUAUUUUAUUGAUUUAAAACUAUGUUCUCUUCUUAAAAAAAAACCC